CAUAUUACACAACACACGACUGUGUACACACAUGUGGGGUACACUUUGACCGCCUUUAUCGCCUUGUUUUGACCGUCACACAUGUAAUGCUCGGCGACAUGGGAAGCUCUCUCGGGAAGGCUGCUGCUAUAGACUUCGGUAUACAGUGGGGUUGCUGGGCCGUCGCUGCUGCUCUUCAGACGGAGAAGUUUUACGACCUAGCAGGGUCAAGCACGUUUUUCUUCUUGGCACUCCAGACGUUUCGAUGGAACAACACGUACUUUACCCGCCAAAAGAUAAACACCGGCAUGGUAAUGACGUGGUCGGCCAGGCUAGGGUUAUUUCUGUUUUCAAGAAUCCUUAAGGAAGGACAGGAUCGUCGCUUCAACAAAGUCCGAACUAAACCCAGUACAUUCUUUGUCUACUGGACCAUCCAAGGUGUAUGGGUGUUUGCUACCCUUCUGCCCACUCUAAUCCUCAACAGUAAGAAGGAAGACAAGCCCCUAACGCGUCGAGAUUAUGUGGGCUACGGUCUAUGGGCCACGGGGUUCCUAUUGGAGACUAUAGCAGACUAUCAGAAGUCCACGUUCAGGAGUAACCCAGAUAACCAUAAGACAUUUAUAAACCAAGGUCUUUGGCGGAUGGUACAGUACCCUAAUUACCUAGGAGAGAUUAUGAUGUGGUCCGGUCUGUACCUUUCUUCAUCCACCGUCCUUAAAGGCUGGGAACACGUAGGCGUGCUGUCCCCAAUCUUUGUGGCCUACCUACUCACCAAUGUCAGUGGGAUCCCCAUGCAGCAGCGAUCAGCCAUGAAGAGAUACGGUUCCGACCCGGCUUACCUGGAGUAUCUUAAAUCAACACCCAAACUUUUACCUUUCAUCUGGUGAUGUGCAAUACAUAUGAUAUACAUAAUGUCCUUGUACUGGUAACUGCAGAAUCUUCAUAUUUUGGAAUAACAUACGAUUAAAUCAUUCAUCCCUAAAUUUCAUAACGAGCUAUUCCAACCUUCGAUUUGGAAGAGUUCAAUUGUGUCUUCAGGGGUGAAUGAGUUAACUUAACUACGGGUAGAUGAUGUGGGUUCACCAUGCUACUCAUGGAUGGCAAACAGACUCAGCCAAGUACUGGAUUGGUAUAUUUAUCUUUUUGUUGUGAACAUAUUCCAUUAAUCAGUUAACAUCGUUUAUAUUACAUAUCCUUAAAACGUCAGGUCCAUCUCGGAUGUCUGUGAUGAACAAAUUGAACAAUGUUUUGUACAAGUGUAUGAACAAUUUUGCUUUGAUCUUUCACGGUACCUCGUCAGCUAAAGCGAUCGGAAUGUUAUUGUUAUAUAUUAUAAUGUGUAUCGAUAUAAUUUGUUGAACAUGACGAUCAAUAAAUUUGUUUUUGAUAUUCAGAUCGAUGACGUCAUUGUUGUCCUAUGUUGAACACGUUUUCGUUUAGUUAACAAACAACGUGUUUUUGUGUCUCCUUGAAUCAACCAUACUUUCAAAAUCUGCAACACACAUUCACUGAGUUGUCGCUAGCAUGUGAAAGGUGAACGUGUUUUUUAAUAUCAAGAAAGCAAUUGAACAAUAGAUAGUUAUAUGUAUUUUUCACUCAAUAUUUGCUGUUUCCGCAAUCUUUACAAAAUAUUUCUUUGACGCUUCAAACUACCUAAAUUUGGUCAGACAUACAUUCAUAUAUCUGCUUCAAUUGGUACUUGUAUGAAGGACAGAUAAUGAAUUUUAAUGAUAAGUUAAUACUAAUUUGACACUUUUAAGCAUGCAAUAUUAUUAUAUUGUUCAUUUAACGAAUGAUUAAUAUCCAUAAAUAAGUCUCUUCGAGGAAAAUAGUGAAAAAGGCUAUGAGAAAUGACUGAAAAAACUUGUUUUCAAAUUUCGUGUUAACAACAUACAAAUGCAAAUAUAUUGAUAUACGACGAAAUAUGUAAAGCAGCAGAAUGAACUAUACGGACAUUUCCAAAUUGGUUAUGUUAUAAAGAUCGCAACGAGAUAAUAUAUUCCUUUACAGGAAGCGAUAAGCAUUCGUAAUCAAGCCAUAUUUGGGAUUGUCUUCGUUAUUUGCA